AAACAGCAGGACUUUGAUCGCAAACGUUUCAGGCCGCCCAAUGCGAUAUCGAGUGGCAGCAAACGCUGGCGCAUCGCACGCAGGGCUGGCUGCAUGAUUGGACGGUGUCGGCAUCGGGCAGAAAGCGGCAAAGCGUCCAGAUUGAGGCGGCAUGCAUCCGAUCGGCGCGGGCUGGCAGAGGCGGUCACGCCGUUGCUCACCGCAUCCUCCCUGAUCACUGGUUGUGCGGGGUCCAGCUGCGGGGCUGCCCAGCGUGCUGUCUCCUGUAACUGGUGUAAGUGGCGGCGGAGGGAACCAACCGGGAUUGAGCCCUACAGGACUGAGCUGAGGUGGCUGGGAGUCUCGAUUUCAUCGGAUUCGUGUUUGCUGAGUUGGCCAUCCUCGGAGAAUGUCAUGUUCGACUCCUGGAAGCUUCCAAGCUCCUGUUCUCGGGAAUCACUACUGGACUGGGGUCAGUCAUUGUGAGGGAAUUCUGCCACUUCAUCAGCAUAAGCGAGCUCCACUUUGGACACUCUGGGUGACAAGCGCCUGCAGGACGGAUUGUAAGGACCGCUGCUGUUGGGCGGUUCGGGCGAAGAUUGAACGCAUGGCUCUUCGGCUGCUCUCGUUGACAGUUUAUUGAUCAGCUGGUACGGAAAGU